AUGCUGAGUAAUCCGUGGAAGCAGAAGAGAAGCAGCAAAAGAGAGAAGAAAGUGACUGUCUUCUUCUUCUUCCUCUUCUCUUCUUCCUCUUCUCUUCUUCCUCUUCUCUUCUUCCUCUUCUCUUCUUCCUCUUCUCUUCUUCCUCUUCUAUUCUUCCACUCUUCUUCUCUUCUGCUUCUUCUCUUCUUCUAUUCUACUCUGCACUACCGUCUGGCCCCCAACUGCUGCUUACUAACAAGAUUACUAAACAGGCAGAAAAAGCAAGCAAGAAGUUUAAAAAGUGUUAUUUUAGUUUGUGUUAUUUUAGUCUCUUUAAGCGCUGACAGAGAAGAAGAAGAAAAGAAGAAGAAGAAAAGAAGAGAAGAAGAGAAGAAGAGUGGAAGAGUAGAAGUUGGGAGAGAAAAGAGUAGAAAGAAGAGUAAAAGAGAGAGUAAAGAGUAA